AUGCUCUCAUUCACACUGUCCAGAACAAUGAGUUGUGGCCUUGGCAGGUGUCUCAGUCUGGCACCAAACUCAUGGUCCUCCCAGGCCUUAACUCGGGUAUGUAAAGGGGCCUGUAGUUACAGCACAACCACUUCCAGCCAGAGGACCCCUUCCUAUAGCUAUGUUAUCGUAGGGGCCGGCUCCGCGGGCUGUGUGCUGGCCAACCGGCUGACGGAGAACGCGUCCGAGUCAGUCCUGCUCCUCGAAGCCGGGCCCAAGGACAUGCACCUCAACAGCGUGCGCCUCUCCUGGAAGAUCCACAUGCCGGCGGCGCUCACGUACAACCUGUGCGACGAGAAGUACAACUGGUACUACCACACGCUGCCCCAGGCGGGCAUGGACGGGCGCGUGCUCUACUGGCCGCGGGGCCGCGUGUGGGGCGGCUCGUCCUCCCUCAACGCCAUGGUGUACAUCCGCGGCCACGCCGAAGACUACAACCGCUGGCAGAGGGAGGGCGCAGAGGGCUGGGACUACGACCGCUGCCUGCCCUACUUCCGCAAGGCCCAGGCCCACGAACUGGGCGCUGACCGCUACAGGGGAGGCGACGGGCCGCUGCACGUGUCCCGGGGCAGAACCAAUCACCCCCUACACCAGGCGUUCAUCGAUGCCGGGCAGCAGGCCGGGUACCCGUUUACGGACGACAUGAACGGCUACCAGCAGGAAGGCCUGGGCUGGAUGGAUAUGACCAUACACAAAGGAAAAAGGUGGAGCACAGCCAGUGCCUACCUGCGGCCCGUGCUGUCCCGACCCAACCUGAAGGCGGAGGUGCGCUGUCUGACGACCCGCAUCCUUUUCGACGGCACCAGGGCGAUCGGGGUGGAGUACCAGCAGAACGGGGAAACCAAAAAGGUGUAUGCAGAAAAAGAGGUGAUACUGAGCGGCGGGGCGAUAAACUCGCCACAGCUCCUCAUGCUGUCCGGCGUGGGCAACGCAGAUGACCUCCAGGAGCUCGGCAUCCCCGUGGUCCAGCACCUGCCAGGAGUGGGCCAGAAUCUGCAGGAUCACUUGGAGUUGUAUGUCCAGCAGCAGUGCACAAAGCCCAUCACCCUCUUUAAAGCCCAGAAGCCCUUCCACAUGCUCAAGAUUGGCAUAGAGUGGAUGCUGCAGCAGACAGGCUACGGGGCAACGGCGCACCUGGAGAGCGGAGGAUUCAUCCGCAGCCGACCCGGCGUCACCCACCCAGACAUCCAGUUCCACUUCCUGCCCUCGCAGGUGGUGGACCACGGCCGAGUGGCCUCCAAGAUCGAGGCUUACCAGGUCCAUGUUGGACCGAUGAGGAGCACCAGUAUUGGAUGGAUGAAACUGAAGAGCAAGAGUCCACUGGAUCACCCAAUCCUUCAGCCCAACUACCUCACCUCAGACGUCGACGUAUGGGAGUUCAGGGAGAGUGUGAAGCUGUCGCGGGAGAUCUUCGCUCAGAAGGCCUUCGAUCCGUUCCGAGGCCCCGAGGUCCAGCCGGGCCCGGAGGUCACGACGGACGACCAGAUCGACGCCUUCGUGCGGCAGAAGGCGGACAGCGCGUACCACCCGUCCUGCACCUGCAAGAUGGGCGCGGCGGCGGACCGCAUGGCCGUGGUGGACCCCCAGACGCGCGUCUACGGCCUGGAUGGGCUCCGCGUGGUCGACGCCUCCAUCAUGCCCAGCGUGGUCAGCGGCAACCUGAACGCGCCCACCAUCAUGAUGGCCGAGAAGGCCGCCGACAUCAUCAAGGGCCUGCCGUCACUCGGCGACCCCGGGGUGCCCGUCUACCAGCCGCCCAGUUUAGAGACUCAGCGGUGAGGGGCCUCGUCGUGCCCACACAUCAGCCACUACAGGUGCCCCACUCCCUCAGCAUUACCGCAUACACAAAAUGGUACUCUGCUUACAUGCUGUUAAUACGUCACAGGCUAAACAGCUAAAAACGUCAGGAUCAUAUUAUUUUACCGUCAGUGAAAUGAAUAGAAUAAAUUAAACUUAAUUAUUUGUGAUGCCUUAAAGUGCAAUUUAAUUGUCUUAAUGAAUGCUUCUGAAA